AUGGCUACCGCCGGGAAGGUGAUCAAGUGCAAAGCGGCGGUGGCAUGGGAGGCCGGGAAGCCGCUGUCGAUCGAGGAGGUGGAGGUGGCGCCGCCGCAGGCCAUGGAGGUGCGCGUCAAGAUCCUCUACACCGCCCUCUGCCACACUGACGUCUACUUCUGGGAAGCCAAGGGCCAAACUCCAGUUUUCCCUAGGAUCUUGGGCCAUGAAGCUGGAGGCAUCGUUGAGAGCGUCGGAGAAGGCGUGAUUGAGCUUGUGCCGGGUGACCAUGUCCUCCCGGUGUUCACCGGCGAGUGUAAGGACUGUGCCCACUGCAAGUCAGAGGAGAGCAACCUUUGUGAUCUCCUCAGGCCCGUGGAUCGUGGCGUGAUGAUCGGCGAUGGGCAGUCUCGCUUCACCAUCAACGGGAAGCCGAUUUUCCACUUUGCCGGGACCUCCACCUUCAGCGAGUACAUCGUCAUCCAUGUCGGUUGCCUCGCGAAGAUCAACCCCGAGGCGCCCCUCGACAAAGUUUGUGUUCUCAGUUGUGGCAUCUCUACUGGACUUGGCGCCACGCUCAAUGUCGCAAAACCAAAAAAGGGUUCCACGGUGGCGAUUUUCGGUCUUGGAGCUGUAGGACUUGCUGCCAUGGAAGGGGCCAGGAUGGCUGGUGCAUCAAGGAUCAUUGGUGUGGAUUUGAACCCUGCAAAAUACGAACACGCUAAGGAAUUUGGAUGCACAGACUUUGUGAACCCAAAGGACCACACUAAGCCCGUGCAAGAGGUGCUUGUCGAGAUGACCAAUGGCGGAGUCGACCGCGCGGUUGAGUGCACUGGCGACAUCGACGCCAUGAUCGCCGCCUUCGAAUGUGUCCAUGAUGGGUGGGGCGUGGCUGUGCUGGUGGGCGUGCCGCACAAGGAGGCGGUGUUCAAGACCCACCCAGUGAACUUCCUCAACGAGAAGACCUUGAAAGGCACCUUGUUCGGCAACUACAAGCCACGCACCGACCUCCCCAAAGUCGUGGAGAUGUACAUGAGGAAGGAGCUGGACCUGGAGAAGUUCAUCACACAUAGUGUGCCCUUCUCGGAAAUCAACACGGCGUUCGACCUCAUGCUCAAGGGGGAGGGCCUGCGCUGCAUCAUGAGGAUGGACCAGUAG